AUGAAAUAAGAAUUUUUUUCAAAGAAAUUUUAUUUAUUUAUUCAUUAAUUACGAUAUUCUUUUCAUAAAUUUUAGUUCCAUUAAAACUUAUUUAUAUUUUUAGAUAUGAUAAGAAUAUAAUCUUGCCAGGGUGACCAUAGUUUUGAUUAAGGUUAUGAAAUUAAUUGGUGUUUUGAGCAACUUUAAACAGAAUUUAGUACCAAAAGACAUGAAACUAAAAUUAGAACAGAUAAACAUAGCAAUUAAAUAAAUGAUUAGAAAAAAUUCUCAAUAACUUUCAGAGAUGAGAUCUAUCCAAAAGAAGGUCUUGUUGAUGUUUAAAUAGUUGAUAAUUGGAAAAUUUAUAAUGUAAAUAAAGAGAAAAAAACAAAUGAUGAUUGUUUAUGCUUCAUCUCUUGA